AUGGCUCAGGGGCCUCCGCUGCGGAGGAGGCGCCGCAAGGUCCUGUCCGACGCGCGGUCAUGCGGGCAUAGCUUUUUUCAGGGCGAGGUUGCAGCAGCGGAGGUCCUAUCAGGCCUCUACUCGUCGCUCAAGGGCUCUAUCUUGGAGCUAUCUGAAUCCCUACGAUGUGUCGUGGACAAUCCGAAGGAGGAAGAUGCAACGACUCAGGCAGCUGAACCCGUCCAAGUGGAGAGGCCUUCAAUUGCCGUUCCCAGAAGCCCUGUGGCAUGGCCCGUGUCAUUCUGUUUUCCUGAAGGCUUACCGCCUCGCGUUGUGGCAGAGCUAGAGACCCAAAUCCGUCUGGCCGCGUCGCCACAUGUGUUGUUUCCGUCGCUGUUCAAUUUCGUUUCGGGUUUUGAUGGUGGUGUGACUUCGUUUGCAGUCCUGCAGCUCACUGAUGCUGCGCUUAUCGGAGGCCAUAUGCUUCCACUGUCGGCAUGGGAUAUUGGGGCAGUUGUGAGCUCGCGGGUCUGCGGAGCUCUUUGCGGGUCCAUGCUUCUACUUUGCACUUCGAAGGAGCCUUCUUCAAGAGACAUUCUUAUCUGGACUGCAGUGGGUCUCACAGCGAUCUCGCUGGGCACCUUCUUUGUGAGAGAUCGAAGCACGCUUCUGGCCUUGCGUUUCCUGUCUGGAAUUACGGAAGGAGUGUCGUCCCCUGCGAAGGCAGCGUAUGUUGUGGAGACUGUGGAGGCAGAGCUGCGGGGGCCUUCCAAUGGGAGCCGUUGGGCCGCCUUUGCCCUGGGAUCCUGUGCUGGAGUGGCUGCCGGCGCUGUGCUGCAGCCCAUCCCGGGUGCCUGGCAAGUCAUGUUUGGUGCCGUGGCGCUUCCAUCUGUUGUCGCUGGGCUUGGAAUGGCAGCACUUCCUCACUCUCCGCGGUGGUUGGUGCAUGGUUCAGAUGCAGGGGCAGAGCGACGGUCACUGGCUCUGGAGUCCUUGCAGAUGCUACGACCCAGCAUUGAUCCGAAAGACAAGCAAUUGCUACUACAGAAGGAGCUUGAUAUCAUCUGUCAGGGUAUGAGGGGAGACAAAGAGGAACCCGUACCGCUUAAUGUGCGCGAGCUCUUGCAACAUCCUGCGACGGAAAUCAGCGCUCUUCUGACAUGCUUCAAACAAGCAAAUGGAACCAUUUGCUUGACAACUUAUUUGGCACCUGUUAUGGCCGCUAUGGGCUUCCAGAAUCAUCUCACCACACUUGGUGUGAUAUUGAUGACGGUUCGAUCAGUUGCAACGCCGAUGGGUAUUGUCUUGAUGGAUCGGCUUGGCCGCAGAGGCAGCUUGCUUCUGGGAUGCUUGGGAUCUUCAGUCUCCAUGUCCACGCUGAUGCUGUCACACGUCAUAGGCAGCCAUGCUUCGACAGGCCUGAUGACCUUGUCCUUCACUUCCUUAGCGGCCUCUGCGGCAAUCUUUGAGCUUUGCUGGGCUCCAACAUCCUUCCAACUUACCACUGAGCUUUACCCACAACGACUUCGGCAACAUGGUCUGGCGCUCUCUCACGUCUUUAACUACGCUGUGAAGGCGAUUGAGAUGCAGGUGUUCCCGAUGGCCCUCGCCAUGGCUGGGCUUACGCCGGUCUUCGCCAUCUUUGCGGGCGUGAACUUUGCAGGGUCUUUGGUGGUGUACCACACAGUGCCAGAGACCUGUGGCCGUAGCUUGGAGGAGGUGGAGAGAGAGCUCCUGGAGGAGGACUAA